AGAGUGUUCAGGGAGCGGAGUGGAAGGUGUUGUGGUGUGGCCCGGCGGGAGUGAUACAAUGUGACUUCAGUGUUUCCAAGCAUAGCGACCUGGCAUGUGCGUGGAGGUGUUCCGUGUGAAGUGCAGUGAGACAGUCCUUGCCGCGGCUUGAGACACGAACUGGAAGGGCCGUCACUUGGACACUUAACAAGCGGAACACGUACUGGUUAUUUGGUAGUUCAACACGAGGACUGCGGCAGCGGGAGAGAGCCAGACAGUGAGAAGGCUGGAGUCUCAUCGUGAGGAACCUUAUAAGACUUCCCGCCACACGAGGCACAAACUCACAGGUGUGGGCGUCUACCUGAGCGGGGCGCGGCUGCCCUCUCCUGCCCGCCGGCCUUCAAGGGCAGGCGUCCAUGGCACAGGCGGCGCCGCCAGCAGGAUGUCGAGCAGUCGUCGCGGCGCGCCUCUGUCUCCUGCCGCCCUCGCCGCCACGCUGCGAGAGGUGCAGGCGUCACUCCAGCAGCAGGUCUCCACGUCAUGGUCGCUAACGCAGGCAGCUGCGGAGAGGCGUGAAAGCCCGCAGCAGGAGGAGGACGUGAACGAGGCCUUCGGGGCGUGUCAGACUAUCGAGUGGAAGGAGCAGGAGUUCCUGUACCUGAAAUCCCGCGUGGAGGGACUCGGGCGGAGGGAGAGUUAUUGUGCUGUAAGCGGCGGCAGGACUGGGACAGGGUCUCUGCUGCCGCCUGUGCACAGAGCAUUGGUCAGGUCAGUGUCCACACCUGACGCCCCCGCCCUGGAGACCCGGGCACGCCCGUCACGACAGCAGGGGCGGCGGCCCUCACUCAACUUGGAGAUGCGAGCUGGGAACACCUGUGGCUGUGGCAGGUGGGCAGGACCCGACCUGCCGGAAGAGCCAGAUAGCUACGACCUGCACGAGGUGUCCAGCCAAGUGCGCGCCAAAAUUGUGUCUUACGUGAAGUCGGCGGCGUGGGCGUCUCGCGAGUCACUGCUGUCUGCGGCCUCCUUCAGCAUAGCGACCAGCGAUGAGGAUGAGGUAGAAGAAGAAGAGGAGGGCAGCGUAGUGCGGGACGGCCCGGCCAGGUCUGUAUCGGAGGAGACGCUCACUUACUCCCUGGAGCCGCCCGCCUGUCCCGCCGAGAGCGAUGCGCCUCCCUGUCCCACCAGCCCCGUCAGCCCCGACACCAGGCUCAGCUUCUCCUCCAUCCUGGACUCCAUCCCUCACAUCGACUCCUCCGACGACGAGAGGGAGGAGCGGGAAGACAAGAGGGACACAAUGAAGGAGAAAGACAAGGAAGAAGAGCAGGAAAGCUUACACCAGGAGGACACGGCUGCAGAAACAAUCACCUCUGACGAAGGACGUGAGCCUGAACUUCCUCCGCUGUGCCUGCCCGAAGAUGACCUGUCUGGGGAGGCAGGGGACGCCGCCGCUCGCCGCCACGCCCAAGAUUCGUGCCAGCGUGAUGUGCCUCGUGCCAGCCACACCCAGAACCCCACCCCUGCCCAAACCCCCAACUACGCCCCCUUCCACGCCCCCAGCCACGCCCCUAGCCACACCACAGGCCGGAUCAUCAAGAGAAGACUAAACCACACCACACAGAGGCUGGGCUCAAGGACAGACAGCCACACCUCUGGCCAGACUCCAAGUUGUUCCUUAUCCUCCUCCUCCUCUUCCUCCUUUUCUUCGUCCUCUUCCUCCUCUUCCUCCGCAUCCUCCUCCUCCCGUGAUGAGUCUCCCGGUAACGCACCAAUAGCAGCAGCCCUGACAGGUGGAAUGACGAAGAGUGGCGUGGGGGUAGUGGAGGUUUGGGACACGUCUCACCCUCACCUGGCCUCCUCCCUCGCCUCCUUCCUCCACCCUGGCCUGCCUCGCUCCCUGCUGCUGCUGCUCCCCGCUGAUGGCCUCCGCACCUCGCACAUCAUACAGCUGAUGAAGGAGCGAGUGUGGGCCGAGUUACGCGUGUGGGCCGAGCUUCGGGUAUGGGUGGUUGCUCUCACGCCCACCGCCGCCCACCACGCCCGGAAAACACUACACCGCGCACGCCUCAAGGGCGAGGUGGUGACGGCGACGCAGCUUCAGGAGAGAGUAUCCAGGGACCAGCUGACGGCCAAGUACGGGGGCAUCCUUCACCCCGACCUGCCCCGCCCUCAACGGUGCCCUGCGCUCCUCCAGCUGAAGGAGAGCCUGGUGGAGGAGUUACGCCCCUGGGCCACGAGUCUUUCCUCCUCUCUCCCGACCCACAACUCUCCCUCCUCUCCCACUUCCUCCUCCUCACCUCCCUCACACUCCCUCACUCCCUCGGACCUUGCGGGACUCAGGAGCAGUGUGACCAGUGCCAAAAGAAUCCUGCAGGAGAUGGAGGACUUGUGCCAAAGAAAAGUGAGAACGUCCGCCGCCAGGAGAUGCGUGCAGGAAUGCGAGAGGCUGGUGGCGGCGGCGGAGGCGGUAGUGGAGGCUGGCAGGACCUCCCCGUACGUACGUCUCCUACAGGAAGCCAACGCGGUGGUGGCGUGGCUCCUGGGCCGCGGGGAGCAGACACUGGCGCACCAUCAGACCCUCGCAGACACACUCACGGGCAUCACCAGGCAGCAGACGGACUUCCUCAGGUUCUACUCCGUGGCCACGCGGCACCUGGAGAAGGGCGGCUCGUUGCUGCAGGAGGCGGCAUCGGCGGCGGACACAGAGGCCAGCGUGAGGGAGUUAGCCGCGGCGCUCCACCUCCACCUGACGCAGUUCACAGAGCGCCUCCACCACACUCGUGACCGCCUCGAGGACACCGCCAGAUGCUACCACCUGCUGGACAAGGCGUACGAGUGGGCCCUGGCGGCCAUGAAGGUGGUAGGCCGCGUCAAGGGCGAGGGACUGGCAUCACCAGAACAGGUGGGCGCUGCCGCCCGUGCCCUCACCGCCCACCUUGAGGAGCACCCACCCAUCCCCGAGGACACCUUCACCACAAUGACCACCCUGGCCUCCAGACUCAACAACCACACGCUGCUGCAGCAAUGCAAGAUGGCCCAAAUACGAUGUCAGGAGACCUGUGACCUUCUGCGCAGACGACAGGCCGCUCUACAGAAAGCAAAGCGACAGAUGGAGUUUGACUGUCAGAGUUUCGUGGAUCUGGGAGAGGUGUUUGGCGGGGGUGAGGACGUGUCCCCGCUGGCUUGGCUUCCCUGCUCCCAACUGAAUUCGUCAGGCCGGCGGAGAUCGGUGUCCUCCAUAGGAUCACGGACACGAGAGCCUCUGUCCCGCUGCCCUUCAGUUGAUACCGACGAUGAUUCAGUAUUUCUGGACCCGCCAUCAUCUUCCACACCUUCCAAGGCACCUCUGGAGCCUCGAACCAGUCUAGGUGACAUCAAAGAGGUGCGAGAGAGUGCCGAGGAUCUCCAGCAGUCCUCAGCUCCUCCCAGACAAUUGAGCUGCCCCGCGCCCUCCACUUCCCUGUCCGGAUCAAGCGGCACCAGCGGCAGCAGUUCAUGUUCGUCCAGCGACAGCUCGGGCCCCAUCACCACCAACAACAAGUUCAUGAAGCGGGCCAACACAUGGCAAUACGGCCUCAUGUCCAAAACAACCCAGGAGAAUAGCGGGUUGGAAGAAGGAGGCGUGCCCUUGUCUCCAGUGAACGGCAAACACUUCCCACCAUCAGCUGUCAAUUCACACCUGCUGAUUCGCGGCUCCCAACUCAACCUGUCCAUCAACACUGACGACCUUUCUCAAGAGGAGGUCAAGAAGAGCAAGACACUGUUGCUUAUCAUGCGUGAACUCAUCCAGACGGAGCGAGAUUACGUCAAUUCCCUGGAGUACAUAAUUGAGAACUACAUUCCUGAACUGAUGCGGGAGGACAUUCCACAAGCACUGAGGGGCCAACGCAAUGUUGUCUUUGGGAACAUUGAGAAGAUUUAUGAAUUCCACUCUGGGUACUUUCUGCGUGCCCUUGAAGCUUAUGAGAUGAGACCUUUUGCUAUUGGCUCCAUAUUUUUGAGAUAUGAGAACCAGUUUCAUCUCUAUGCUCUUUACAACAAAAAUAAGCCAAAAUCUGAUGCACUCAUGUCCGAGUACGGGUCUGCUUUCUUCCGUAAGAUGCAACUUGAGUUAGAGGACAAGAUGGACUUGGCCUCCUACCUUCUGAAACCAGUGCAGCGGAUGGGGAAGUAUGCACUCAUCCUUAAGCAGCUUUUAAAGGAAUGUAGCCGAGGGGAAGAGAACUACGACGACCUGCAAGGAGCCCAAGAAAUGGUGCAAUUCCAGCUGAGGCAUGGCAAUGAUCUGCUGGCAAUGGACUCCUUGAGAGAUUGUGAUGUGAACCUCAAGGAACAAGGAAGGUUGUUGCGUCAGGGAGAAUUUGUUGUGUGGGAAGGAAGCAGAGCCAGAAAGACUGUCAGACAUGUGUUCCUCUUUGAAGACAUGAUACUCUUCAGUAAAUCAAGACGUGACCCAGAGAAAAAGACACUGGACAUUUUCCAAUACAAGCAUAGCAUGAAAAUGACUGACAUUGGCCUGACAGAGCAAGUUGGAGAGAGCCCCACCAAGUUUGAAAUCUGGUUCAGGAAGAGAAAGCCAUCAGACACAUACCUGCUGCAGGCACCCAACACAGAGGUGAAGGAGGCCUGGACAGAAGAAAUCUCCAAGCUCCUGUGGCGCCAGGCCUUGCGCAACAGGACCAUGAGGCUGCAUGAAAUGUCCUCCAUGGGGAUAGGGAACAAGCCAUGCUUGGACAUCAGACCCAGUGAAGACCAGAUCAGUGACAGAUCUAUCAGCAUUAAUCAACUUCAAAAAGCUCCUCGACUGCGUGCUGGCUCAAUUUGCACAAUGGGAGAUGUCAACGGUGGAAUUGGAAAGAGACCUCACUCUGUAAUAUCAGUCAGUUCUUCUUCAGCUUCCUCAUCAUCGUCUUCAGCAUCCUCCUCCCAUUCCUCUACUGUUUGCCCAACUUAUGUGGGAGCCCUCAACCUUGGAUUUGAGCCAGGAGACUCACCUCGCGCCCUCCACCGUUCUGUGACUCGCACCAGCCAAUGCUCAGCAGAGAGCGGCAUCCUAGCAGACAUGUACCCAGGAGGGGGAGACGCCCAGUCACACCGGCGAGUGGAGCGUUCCAAUUCCACCAUCACCACUGUCUCUGUUGACUCUGCCCUGUCACCUGUCUCUUCCACCUCCCCCAUCUCCCCUAUCUCCCCUGUUGCCCCACCCUUGCCCUCCCUCACUUCCAGCCCUCUUAGCACAGAGCCUAUACCUGAAGUGCCCUGUGCGCCGCCCAUGGCAAAGGACACAUCAGCUAAAACACUUCUCACUACUGAGGUCUAGUGCAAGUCCACCUUAUGCCUGACUGAGGGCACCACGGUCCAAGUCGUUAGAUUUAAAAAAUGUAUUUAUUGAUAGUUGACAUGUACAAAGACUAUAUUUGUUAUAUCAAUUGACUCCACAUGUAAAUAGCUUGACAAUAUAAGAAAUAUUAUAAUAGUCACCUUCUUGUCCUAGCCAGACACAGCUGCUUGUUUGCUUUGUUAAGUAGAAUAGUGAUGCCAAAUAACCUCUUCCUCUCAUAUUAGUUUUAUUUUGAUGUUACAAGCCAGUCAUAUUAGAUUUACUUUAACUGCUGCAAGCCAGUCAUGCAGAAGUAUCUGUAUUUAUAAUUUGGAAUAAGUUCUCCGUAACUAAACGAGACUGAGAUGGGAGGAAAACUCUGAACUGUAUUGAGCCAAGUUUCCAAGGAUGCUGGCCCUUAGCAGCAUGGGGGAGCCAGCAGGGGAACAGUGUGAAGCAUAUCAUUGUGACAAAACUCUUUCCCACAAGUCAUGUGUACCUGCUUGUAAUGCUCUUCACUUAACUGUUCCUUCCUGCUUGUUCUGUUAACUGGACGCACAGUCACUCAGGUAGCACCAUUUAGUUUGAUGUAGUUGAUCGUUUUGGAACAUACCCUAAGGAAAAGCCAACAGUAGUACAUUGAGACAUCACAAUUCAUCACGUGAAUUGCUGCUGUCGGACUGUAGUGAGCAAUGGUGCUACUCUGCCUGCUGCUGGGGACUUUAGAACAUCUGCUGAGCAACUCUGCAAAAUUGCUUAAAAAAAGUUGCAAAGAGCAACCCUAUAUCCUGUAUAUAGUACCUCUUGAACAGUGCUGUUGAUUUCAAUUUUUUUUCAACACCCUUUUGAAAAUUAUCAUAUUUAAAGUUAAUUACAUAUGGCAUUUCAGAACUUCCUUCUACUGUUUUUAGUAAUACAUAUUAUUUGUAACAAAAGAAAUUUCUCUUUAUUAUUAUCAGUAAUGUAAAAAUCUUUUGUAUCAAUACAUAACUUCUGUCACUUGCUACUUCCAGUAGUAAAAGAUCAUUUACAACAAUAAGAUAUUUCUUGAGUUACUCUUGUCAGUGAUAUACUAUCACUGUAAUCUAGUUCAGUUUAAUAAAGAUAAUUAAUUUUGAGAGCAAUACAAUGAAUUCUGGCGGUGAUGGUGGUGGUGGUAAUAGAGACAGAGGCACACUAAGGACCAGAGUACAGUGCCGGGUGCCACGUGCCAUCCUCCACCAUAGCCACCACAGAUAUCAUAGCAGUGUAAAUAAUAUUUUUGUAAUACCAUAUACUAUGUUGUGAUGUUUAAGCCUGAAAGUUGCAUGUAAUAUCGUGUUCAUCCUUGCAACUUUACAUCCAAUACAAUCAUACUUUCUGUGCCACAAAGUCAGUUGGUAAAUUUUUCAGACUUUUCUGUCUUUUGAUUAAAAUAAUUCUAACUGACAUAUUUAAUACGUAUAAAUUUAAUUUUCUACUCUGUAUAUACAUACCUUCUUGUCACAUGUACUGGUUAUAUCUUGUAAUAUGCUGUCAACAAUAAAAUAAUUUUCUCUAA